GCUGUAAUUACUCAGGUUGUAGACAGAUAAGCGAACCUUGUAGAGAUUUUAAAAAAUGAUUGAUUGACAUGCACAGCAAAUAAGCUACCUGCCUCACUACUAGCCUAGAGUCUAGUUUUGGUAGCAGCCAUGCAUGCAUGCACUUGGUCAUAAUGGAACAGGGAGUCUCCGGGGUUCAUGGUCGCUCGCCCCCUUAUUCAUAACCUACCGUUGGAUUUUUUAUUUUAUUUUUCUGCGCUCGGGGGUUUUCCUCGCUCUGUUUUUCGGUUCAUCGUUUUUUUUAUUUUUUUGUUUUUUCGAGCUAAAUGGCCGAUCACCCGAUUCCGAACGCAACGCAAGGUCAGCACGAAUUUGGUGACUUUCUGCUAAACCACGAUUACUACGCACAAAAAGGAUGGAUGAUCCUGUCACGUCCUCGUCUGGUCUCGGUGGCAGCUUCUGAGGCAACCUUGCUGCCAUCUUGAGAUUAGACUGAGCAGUGACGUCCUGUGUGGGUAUAACACAUUUUUACCAAAAAUCGACCUGUCUGGCCUUCGCCAAUCCCACCUUGGAACCUAGAUCUAGUGCCGAUUUCGCGUCUCUUCAAACCACCAUGGCAGACGAGCCUAGGCCAGAGCACGAGGUCGGCCAAGGAAUAGGUUCCUCGGUUGGUAAAGAUACCACCGAUCCCACAGAAGUACCUCCUUCCCCAACGGAUCAACCGGUUCAGCCAGUUCAGCAACCCCACGGCAUAUACGCUGGUGGCGUUGGCGAUGGUGAUGGCAGUGAUGUUGGCGAUGACGACGAUGAUGGAGACGCCGACUCUGCACUCGAUGUACGAUCCAUAGGGACGGUCAGCGACUCCCUGACGUCGAGCAUCCUGAGGUUCCGCGUGGAGAAUGGUCGGACGUACCAUUCAUACAAAGACGGUUCUUAUUUCAUGCCAAACGAUGAUAGAGAAAACGAACGAUUGAAUCUGCAGCACAACCUGUGCAUGAUGACCAUUGGCUGGAAGCUGUACAUAUCCCCGAUCGACCAGAGGCCUGUCAAUCGAGUACUUGACAUCGGCUGUGGUACCGGUGUCUGGUCCAUGGAGUUUGCCGAUGACCAUCCAGAGGCUCAUGUCAUUGGCAUUGAUCUUAGUCCAAUACAGCCUAGCUUCGUUCCUCCAAAUGUUAGUUAUUACAUUGACGACGUAGAGGCCGAGUGGACAUACAGCACACCUUUCGAUUUUAUUUUCACCCGAAUGAUGCUGGGCUGUAUCAGGAACUGGCCAGAAUUCUUUCAGCAGAGUUUUGAUAAUUUAACACCUGGCGGCUAUUUGGAAAGCUUUGAGCCUGUCUUUCCAGUACGCUGUGAAGACGACACUUAUCCGCAAGAAUGUGCCCUUCGCAAGUGGUUUGAUCUCUUAGAUGAGGGUACGAAAAAAGUUAGGUCUGAGCUCCCUCCGUUGGAGGUGCAGAAACAAAGACUAGUCGACGCCGGCUUCGUCAACAUUGUGACGAGGGAGUACAAGUGGCCGAUGAACACUUGGCCGAGCGACAAGAAGCAAAAGGAAUUCGGCUCGCUCGUCCUGGCGAACCUGGAAGAAGGGAUCCAGGGCAUGACCAUGGCCAUGUUCACGAGAGUACUCGGCUGGACAAAGGAACAGGUUGAGCUUUUCCUCGUGGAUGUACGAAAGGACAUUCGCAACACCAAUAUGCAUGUUUACUAUCCCAUCGCUGUGAUUUCAGCACAAAAGCCCGAACAAUGACGACGUCUCACAGCCACAGCAAAUAUCUGCACGUCUGUGUUUUCAAGAGUCUCUCUGCUGCGAAGUUGCAGCGGUUUAUCAUCAUCAUAUCUGCGCGAAUACCCAAUAUCCUGAAGAGCCCAUAAUCCCAUUCUUGGGCAUCGAGGCUCAUAUCCAGCAGCUUUUGAAGAGGGCCAGAGUCUUGUCUUGGUCCCAAGAUAGAAAUAUCAACGUUGAUGCCACCUCGCAUUUCUCUCCACGCCUUCGCGAAGCGCAUAUCAGGAUUUAAUCUCAUUGAGCUGCUGGGUUUUCCGCCAAACGGCUUCCAAGGGUAUUCGUCGGGCUUACACCUAUCCCAGUCACCCUUUGGUGUUGCUUGGAUGACAUCACCAUCCCCAGAGAAUUUGGGUGGAGGGGGGACCACGCCGUCGUUCAAGUAUGCCUUAAUUUUGCACAUGGUGCAUAAGGAUACAGAUGCAAUGGAGCAGUGGCCUUCGCUCUGCUGCUCCAGAAACCCAGCGUCGACGAAGCGGCGGCUCAUGGCGAGCCCAUUCUGCAUUGGCGUGACAGGAUCAAAUGUGUUGGAAACAAAGAGGAUGGGGAACGCCGUUUUGAUGGCUGGCCCGCCUUCCUGUGGCAUCGUCGUGUCUAGGUCGAAGUCGGGAGGGUCGACAGGAUUUAUUCUCCACCCGUUGCAUCCUGCCAUUUGCAACGCCCACUGUAAUAGAAGGGUGUUUGUUUUGUCAGAGGUUCCAGCUUGUAAUUUUUGAAAGUGGGAACGCUUACAUAGUCAGCAAACUUAGAGGUCUCGGCCAGCUUCUCGAAAGAUUCUCGCAAGUCGGCUAAAGACUCAUUCCACUAUAAAAGGUGGCUUGUUUAAUGACAUAUAUUUCACUUGAUCAGAGGGCCUGAUGAACAAGUUAGGUUGCAAAAAGCUACUACUGAAUGA